AUGGAGGACUCGAGCUUCCUGCAGUGGGCGAUAAACACGCUGGACCAGCACACCUUCCCCGCCGCCACCUCUCCAGUAUACGAUAUUGACAGCUUCCACUGCGGCGAGCAUACUGCUGACGCCUUCCCAUUGCAGCAGGAACUUCGCACCGCUCCCCAGCCUCUUCCUGGUGACAACCGGGAUAGCAGCUCCGGUGAUGUGGCGGUCUACGCCGCCGUCGCCAGACCUAGCACGCCAAUAAGCUGGAAGUCUAGCGCUGCAUUGACACAGUCGGCCACGAGAGGAGGACGUAAGCAUGCCCGCGCGAGAACAUCCGGGAGCAGCUUGCAGGGCUCCGCUACGUCGUCGACAUCGCCUGAUCCCGCCAGGGACCACGUAAUUGCAGAGCGCGACCGCAGGGAGAAGAUCAACCAGCGACUCAUGGAACUCUCCAGUCUUAUCCCUGGCCUCAAGAAGAUGAACAAGGCAACGAUUAUUGAGGAUGCGGUGAAGCACGUGAGAGAGCUCCAUGAGAAGGUGAAGAUCCUCGAGAACAACAACACACAUGCUGCCACAACCACCAUCUGCUCCGCUGUUCUUGUCCACAAGAACAGGCCCUAUCUAGGGGGGCGCACCAGCGACUACGGCAAAGUUGAUGUUAGUGAGCCGAGCCAGUUGGCAACAUGGCUUCCAGAGAUCAAGGUCUGGUUUUCAGAUAAGAGUGUGCUAUUGCAUAUCCACUGCGAAAACACAAAUGGAAUACUAGUGAGGGUGCUGGCAGAGGUGGAGGUACUCCGACUUGCCAUCACCCACACCAGCAGCAUGCCAUUCCUAUCCGACACCACCAUCAUCAAUAUUACCGCCAAGUUGGAAGAGGGGUUCAACUCAACAGUGGAGGAGAUGGUCAGCAGGUUGAACUCGGUACUGGAUCAACAUUAG